GUGAUCUAUAUAUAUCUAUAUCUUAUAGCUUAUAUCUUAUAUCUAUUUUAAAUAACUUAAAGCCGCUAAAAUUUGGGGGGGAACAGCUUUCGCCCUGGAGCGGUGCGCGAUGCUAUCUCACGCCGACCUCCUGGACGCCAGGCUAGGUAUGAAAGAUGCCGCCGAGCUUUUGGGACACCGGGAGGCGGUGAAGUGUCGGCUGGGCGUGGGAGGCUCCGACCCGGGGGGUCACCCGGGAGAUCUGGCCCCCAACUCGGACACGGUAGAAGGAGCAACACUUCUCCCCGGAGAGGACAUCACCACGGUGGGCUCUAACACGGCCUCACUGGCGGUCAGCGCCAAGGACCCGGACAAACAGCCGGGGCCACAGGGCGGGCAAAACCCCAGUCAGGCUGGACAGCAGCAAGGGCAGCAGAAACAGAAGCGCCACCGCACUCGUUUCACCCCAGCGCAGCUCAACGAGCUGGAGAGGAGCUUCGCUAAGACUCACUACCCGGACAUCUUCAUGAGGGAGGAGCUGGCCCUGCGAAUCGGCCUCACCGAGUCUCGAGUACAGGUCUGGUUCCAGAACCGUCGCGCCAAGUGGAAAAAGCGCAAGAAGACGACGAACGUUUUCCGGGCUCCCGGGACGCUGCUGCCCACUCCGGGCCUGCCGCAGUUCCCCUCGGCCGCCGCCGCCGCCGCCGCCGCCAUGGGGGACAGCCUGUGCUCCUUCCACGCCAAUGACACCCGCUGGGCAGCGGCUGCUAUGCCGGGCGUGUCGCAGCUGCCGCUGCCGCCCGCGCUGGGCAGGCAGCAGGCCAUGGCGCAGUCCCUGUCCCAGUGCAGCUUGGCGGCCGGGCCCCCGCCCAACUCUAUGGGCCUGUCCAACAGCCUGGCGGGUUCCAACGGCGCCGGGCUGCAGUCUCACCUCUACCAGCCCGCCUUUCCCGGUAUGGUGCCCGCCUCCUUACCCGGCCCGAGCAAUGUCACGGGCUCGCCCCAGCUCUGCAGCUCCCCGGACAGCAGCGACGUGUGGCGGGGCACGAGCAUCGCGUCCCUUCGCCGCAAAGCACUAGAGCACACAGUGUCCAUGAGCUUCACCUAAUGCUCCCUCUCCCGGCACCCCGGGCCCCAAUCUCCACCCUGUUCUCCUUCCUUUCCCCAUGGCCCUUCAGCACCUCGCCCAUCUUCUUUCCAUUCCUCUGGCCUCCCCCACCUGCACCUUCCUCCUAAUCCCCUCUCCCCGCCAAUUCCCUCUCCAGACUCUGCUCCCCAAGUCCCCCGACUCUCCUUUCCCCCUUCCUUUGCUUAUCCUUCGCUCUCCAGUCCCCUCUGCUCACGAGGCCUCCUCGUCCUCCUCUUCCAUAAGCUCAUCUCUCUCCCUAACUUCUCAUUCUUACUCCCUGACUUCUAACUCCCUUACUCCCUCUUCACGCCCCCACCUCCAAAAUCAGUUGCUUUAUCUUCACCGUCUUCCCUCCUACACUUGACCCUCCAAAUCAAAUCACUCUGUCCUUUCUCCACUCCAGAAUGUUCACCCGCUCUUGAGCAACUACUUUUUCCCAUAAGCUUUUCAAACCCUUUGUCACAUUUCCCUCUCCAACUCCGUUUUUCAGUUACGCCUUCUCUUCUUGAAGGAAUAUUAUCACCGUCUACAUUUCUUAUCCUCACUGUCAAGCAUCACUCUUUCUGUUUUCCUACCUCCAUCCCCUUUGCCUUUUCAUCAUUCUCCCAAAGUUCCCUCUUCAUUGCCCUCCACGUUCUCCUUCGUUUCCUUUUUUUCUCUUCCCUGCCUCAACUCACCUCCCCCUACCCUUCUCCUAGCACCCCGCGAAACGCAUUAUUCCCGCCAUUUUACUUACCAGGGAGUCGACUCAGGAUCUGAAAUCAGACACCAAUGGACUGGUUUGUGGGCAGAAAUACACACACACACACACACAAACACAAACACACACACACACAAAACACCUAAGUCACACAAGGACAUGAUCAAGGGACAACACAAUAUUAGGGACUUUUGUCUUAAAGGAGGACAAGUGUCUGCUACCGGCUGCCUCAUCUAAGGGCCUAAUUGAUCUAAUUUAUUUUUUUCUGUUUUCUUCUUCUUCUUCUCUCUAUUCACCUGCUACCCCACCUUUCCACCCAACUACCUACCCAGCCAUUUCUUUGGCUUGCUGCGGAAUAUUGUUUUUUUGUCUUUUCUUUCUUUCUUCCUUUCUUCCUUCCUUUCUUCCUUUCUUCC